AUACCCGUAACAAUUCACACACGUACCUACACGUGGCCACAAACUGCUCAAGCCUUCAAAAAGUUUGAAAUCUCUACUAUGUCAAUGGACGAUGCUCUGCUUGAUGAGUCAGAUGAGGAUCUGACAUUGCUGGACGAUGAUGCUAGUGAGACUGAGAGCUUGACUGGCUCCAUUAUUGAACUGCUUGACAGCGAGUCUCUGGGAUCCUUGAAAGAGCUAUUUAAACCAUCAACCAAACCUCAGCAACAACAACAUGCCUCCCCACCACCUGUACCAGCUGCAGGAGCCAAGACCACACACGUCGUGAAGAAGCUCAAGCUCAAAAAGUCCCCACGUUCUCCUACUGUCACUAAAUCUUCUCAAUCUGCCACUGCUGCUGUAGCUCUCAAAAGUCAAGCUGUCUUAAUAACGAAGCGUCCACGCAAGCGAUCAGUGCCAGUAGCUACGAUGCCUGAUUUAAGAGAAAUUUUGAAUAGAAAGAAGAAGAGAAAGUCUCAACAACUAGGAAUGGCGACAGUGAACCACAAUAAUAUAUUCCCAAAUCUUCCAGUGGGGAUUGAACUAAAUUGCAAAACACACAACAGCAACCCUCUUAAUCACAUGUAUUCUUUUGAUCAUUUAUAAUUAUUAUAAUAUUCAUGUUUUGAAACAUUCAUGUCUUUCUAUCUAGAGGUCAUGCCAACUCCCACACAUAAUAAUAAUCUAUUUUUCUUGAAUCUUGCAAAGAGCUAGCUGCAUGGUUUAAAGAUGUCUGGUCAAAUUGCUUUUGUGUCGAUUUGUCUGCUCAUUGUGGCUACUGGAGCAUCUGCUCAGAGCUUCAGGUUUGCCACCGUGUUUGGUGAUCACAUGGUACUGCAGCAGUCUCCCUACAAGGCUGGAGUGUGGGGUUACUCUCCCAGCUGUGAGAAUGUCACUGUCAUGUUCGAUGGAGCCAAAAUGGAUGCCACCAUCGUCAACUCCCGUGGUGAUGUUAGCAUGUGCAAGUGGAAGGUGACUUUGCCUGCAACUACUGGUGGGGCCAAAGCUUUCACCAUAUCUGCUGUCAACCAAAAUCAAACCAUGAUCGAGCUCAAAGAUGUCCUUUUUGGUGAUGUGUGGCUUUGCAGUGGACAAAGUAACAUGCAGUUUGCAAUGCCACAGGUGUACAAUGCCAGUGCUGAGAUAGCUGCUGCCGCUAACUACCCAAUGGUGAGACUGUUCACUGCUGCACUGCAGAGCUCCAACACUCCAGUAGACGAACUUCUUUCCAUCGAGCAGAACUGGACCGUUGCCUCACCUGCCUCUGUGGGAGGGAAGGCGUGGGGUUAUUUCUCUGCCACCUGCUGGUUUUUUGGACGUGAUCUUUUUGAUAGCCUCAAGUACCCCAUUGGUCUGGUUGAUACUGACUGGGGUGGAACACCUGUGGAGGCGUGGUCUUCUCCCGACGCUCUUGCCAAAUGCAAAAAGGACAAAACGGACACUACUCAGAAGUGGAGAAAACAAAAGCCCACCUCAUUGACUGGUCCUGGCUCUCCGUCUGUGCUCUGGAAUGCCAUGAUUGUACCUUUUCUCAAUAUGACCAUCAAGGGAGCUAUCUGGUACCAGGGGGAGGCUAACGCAGGUGCACCUCAGAGCUACCACUGCACCUUCCCGGCCAUGAUCGAUGACUGGAGAGAGAAGUGGCACUCUUCAACUGACGGGGCUACUGACAAUAAUAUGGGUUUUGGAUUUGUUCAGUUGGCAGCCAAUGGCAAUAACAACGUGUCUGAUACUGGUUUCCCUGACAUUCGCUGGGCCCAAACUGCGGACGUUGGAUACGUUCCUAAUGACAGGUUGCAGAACGUGUUCAUGGCCGUGGCUAUGGACCUCGGUGACCCCACCUCACCCUUUGGUAGUGUGCAUCCUCGAGACAAACAAGACGUCGGGGACAGGUUGUCACGGGCAGCUAUGGCUGUGGUGUACGGAGAUAAGACUGUCGACUAUCUUGGGCCUAUUGCCAGCUCAGCAGCAAUUGUGAGCACUGCUGUGGAUGGUUUGAUCAAAGUGGCGGUAACCUACACUAGUGAAAAUCCACUGGAGCUGAAAUAUCCGUACGGAUUUGAAGUUGGCUGUGUUGAUGCCUCUAAUAACAAAAGUAUGUGGAUCGGUGGAACAGCGAAGUCUGUCAAAGGGAGUCAAACAGCGUUUGUUGAAUUUCCUGCUUGUCCAGUUCAGUACACUGCCAAGAUGAUUCGCUACUGCUGGCGUACAGAUCCAUGUACUUUCAAAAUGUGUCCAGUAUAUGCCAAAGACUUACCUUCUCCACCGUUUAUUCUAAAGCUUCCAUGACUGAUGUCACUGUAUAGCCAUAGUGGAGAUAAUUAGAACUAGUCUAUGUAGGAUUGUAGAUUAAGUCUCAGUAGUGCAUGCUUUUAUCCCAAUGUUUUUUGACAUAGAAAAUGUGUUUUAUGUGUAUUUCCCUAUGUGUUGCGAGCUUGAUAAGACUCAAGGAUCAAA